AUGUCCAGUACCGAUUCAAAAAUUGCCACCCUCAAGUCUAGGGUCACGCAAAGCGCAUCGAGCUCUCAACAUGUCGACGAUGGGGACCAUUCCGAUCUCGACGACGAGGCCCUCUUUGCGCAACUCGAAGAGGAGAUUGAGAAUGACUCCAAUGUAGAACUCAGGGAACAGGGAAUCCAGAGACUCAAGCGAGAGAUGGAGCGACUACAGGAUUUGAAAUCGAGCGGACAUGGUCAGUACAAUGAAAUAACUGACGAAAAAGAAGUCAUCAGGACAAGCGCGAGGGAGUCUCGAUGUGUGAUUCAUUUCUAUCAUAACGACUUUCGACGAUGUCAAAUCAUGGAUAAGCACUUGGCCGCUCUUGUGCCUAAAUACUUCGGUACGCGCUUUCUGCGCGUAUUUGUAGAGAAUGUGCCGUGGCUAGUCGAGAAACUGGCCAUCAAAGUACUGCCGUGCGUAGUUUGCUUUAUUGAUGGAGUCACCAAGGAUAGAAUUGUUGGAUUUGAGGAGUUGGGCAACAAUGACAAAUUCGAGACCGCGACGCUGGAGUGGAGGCUUUUAAAUUGCGGCAUGUUCCUUCUUCUUGAUCAUAGCUGA